UUAAAGAAAACAUUUUUUUCCCAAAAAAUAUUCCAUUAAGCAUGUUCUUGACAGGAUGCCAUUCACCUCAGCAACAUAAAUACAUUUACAGAGAAAUUCAGUGGAAAGAACUCAGAAAGGUGAUUAACUUAUCCUGGUAAAGGAUGAAUUCAGAACACAGGGGACUUGUUUUAUUGCUUUCCAAGCUGUGCAUAACUCAGACUCUCCUCAGCCUCCCCCAGUGACCCCCAGCAAUGAGACACUCUCCCAGUCAAGAUGGGUCCGUGUUAUGGCUACAGUCAGUCACACAUGAGCCCUAAUGGCAGGCAACACAACCACUGGUGUACAAUAAGAGCAAGAAUAGUUUUAUGUUUAUAUGACAGGACCAUCCAGUUACAACAGUCUCAUAAAUGAAACCAACAGCGAUGGACUGAUCUGUACUCAAAGCACGUUGGUGCUGCACAAAUGUUACUUUUGGUGCUCAGAAUGACAACUAGAUAUACCUGCACAAGUUCAAAACUGAAACAACAACGUGGGGAAAUCUUCCUGUGCAACAUCAGCAAACAGCACAUCCCUGUAUUGCUCUUUUAUUGUUCCGUGGGUGGAGAAGAUAAAAAAAAAAAAACAUUUCCUGGCAGCAAGUUGCAACACUCUUUGGUGAGUCCAGUUGUCACUCGCUGUUGAGGAGAAGUGUAUAUUUCAAUCUUAAGUUUCAAUUAUCACAUCUUGAGAAUGGAGGGUAUUGCCUGCCAGCUUUCAUGACAGAAAAAAAUCAAACACGAGCCAAUGGGAAUACUGCACAAUGGGGAGGCUGAGAUAGAGAUUGUUUUUUUCUUGUUGGAGCUCAAGUUUCUAUAUACAUACAAAGUGCCUAAUUCAGUCCUAAAUAAGCUUUCCACCAGUCCCUUGCCAAUAUAGAGAUGUGGCAGAAGACACUGUAGGAAGCCUGUUUUUUUUUUUUUUUUUUUUUUUACAGCAAUCUCCCUGCACGACAGGAAGUGCUUCACCCAUUUUGGUUUCACUGUUGGAGAGAAAUUAUUGCAACAAUCCUGUUGCCAAGGGACAGCUUGGCAAACAGGAUUAAGAUUCUGAACUGUCUUAUUUUGACUGCUAGAAUCCAUGUAGUCGUGAAUUGUUGAUGUUUCCACUGACCUUUCCUCAGACUGGACAGCUUGAUGGUGGUAAUAAGCUAAACAAAACAGACCCAAACUGAGGCCGAGAUGGAAUUACGAGUGGGAUUUCGGAUCACCCUGGUCUUGGUCAUCCUGGCCCUGACUCUUUCCGGCGAGAGAGUGGAAGCACAGAGGGCAGGAUGUAAAAAUGUCCACUAUGACUUGGCGUUUAUCCUGGACACGUCAUCCAGUGUUGGAAAAGAGAAUUUUGAGAAGAUCAGGCAAUGGGUGGCCAACCUUGUAGAGUCUUUUGAUGUGGCACCGGACAAGACAAGAGUAGCUGUGGUUCGCUACAGUGACAGACCCACCACUGAGUUCAACCUGGGCAGACACAGGACCCUGGAGGAUGUGAAGCGAGCCGCCCGUAACAUUCGCUACCUGGGGGGGAAUACAAUGACUGGGGACGCUAUCAGCUACACCACCAACAACAUCUUCACAGAGCAGAAUGGAGUGAGGCCCGCCGCCAGAGGCAUUCAGAGGGUGGCCAUUCUUCUCACAGAUGGUCGAAGCCAGGAUUAUGUUCUGGAGCCUUCUAAGGCAGCUGCCAAAGCUGGCAUCAGGAUGUUUGCUGUGGGCAUCGGUGAGGCGCUGAAGGUGGAGCUGGAGGAGAUCGCCGCCGAGCCAAAGAAUGCCCACGUCUUCCAUGUGACGGACUUUAAUGCCAUUGACAAGAUCAGGGGCAGGCUGAGGAGAAGGCUGUGCGAAAAUGUCCUGUGUCCAGACAUGAUGGUCCAGCCUGAUCGUUUUAAGCCCAACAGCACCAGUUAUGGUCUUGAAAAAGUUCCAGGGUUCGACCUAAUGAAGUACUUCAAUGUGAGAGAUGUUCUGGGAACCAGAGACGAUGAUGGCCAGAGUUCUUAUGUUCGCCUUGGAACCAUGCCCAUUGUACAGCAAACAGAAGACGUGUUUCCUCAAGGGUUGCCAGAUGAAUACGCCUUUGUGACAACAUUCAAAUUCAGGAAAACCUCAAAACGUGAAGAUUGGUACCUCUGGCAGGUUUAUGACAAAUAUGGAAUCCCACAGGUGUCCAUUCGCCUGGAUGGUGAGAACAAGGCGGUGGAGUACAACGCUGUUGGGCUGACAAAGGAUGCCGUCAGAGCAGUGUUCAAAAACCCUGACGUUGACAACCUGUUUGACCGCAGCUGGCACAAGAUUGCCCUCAGUGUGGAGGCCAAGUCUGUGUCUCUUUACCUGGACUGCAAACACAUCCAGACCCUGCCCAUUGAAGACAGGGAGGACAUUGAUAUCCAGGGGAAAACAGUUAUUGGCAAGAGGCUGUAUGACAGCGUGCCGAUUGAUUUUGACCUCCAGAGGAUGAUGAUUUACUGUGAUUCCAAGCAUGCAGAGCUGGAAACGUGCUGUGAUCUUCCCAAUGGACCUUGCCCAAAGAAAGUCGUUACAGAGGCCCCCCCUGUGAAGAUUCCCCCUCCAACACCCACUGCUGGGGAGCAACAAAGAGGGCCACAAGUGAAUUGCUCCUGUCCUGCAGGAGAGAAGGGAGAGAUCGGCGCACCUGGUGUUGCAGGUCCUAAGGGUGAUAAGGGUGACACUGGCACUAAGGGCGCUGUCGGACCACCUGGGCUCAGAGGACUAAAAGGAGAAACUGGCAGAGUAAUCUCUGUCAAAGGUGACAGAGGUGAGAAGGGUGAUACAGGCAGCAUAGGGUUGACAGGUGCUCCUGGACAAAAAGGAGAGAAGGGACUUGGUGGUGUGCCAGGUAUCGAUGGCUUACCUGGAGACAAAGGAGAUAAAGGUGCAGCAGGAACAGCUGGUGCUCAGGGGCAGCCAGGCCCAGCUGGACUGAAGGGAAUUCAAGGGGACGCAGGAACACCUGGCUUGCCAGGACCGAAAGGAGUUACAGGUGAAUCAGGUGCAAAGGGUGAAAAAGGAGCUCCAGGAGACAAGGGCGAGUCAGGUUCAGCUGGAUUUCCUGGCAAACCUGGUGUUCCUGGAAACGAUGGCCUGAGAGGACUGGUUGGUGCUCCUGGGCCCGGCGGAGUAAAAGGCACCAAGGGGGAGAGAGGCCUUCCCGGAUUACCUGGGGAUAUGGUUCAACUAGAAGGCCUGCGGGGCGAAAAGGGAGAAGCUGGACCUCCUGGGCCUCCAGGGCCUGAAGGCCCCCAAGGGCCUCCUGGUCCUCAGGGUCAUCAGGGUCUACCAGGGGAGCCUGGAGAGUUUGGCCAGAGGGGAAAGAAAGGUGAAAGUGGAUUGCCUGGAGUUGAUGGCCUCCCUGGACCCCCUGGUCCUCAGGGUCCACCUGGGCCAGCAGGAAGCCAAGGACACACUGGACCUCCUGGUCUGCCUGGUGAAAUUGGAUUUUCAGGCAAACCUGGAGAGCCUGGAAAGCCUGGUCUUCCUGGAAAAGAUGGUCUGGACGGUCUUCCUGGAAAUGACGGUGCAAUGGGACCCAGGGGAGAACGCGGAGCAGAUGGUUUUUCUGGCAAGCCUGGACCUAAGGGUGACGAAGGGCCUCCAGGACCGAGAGGACCUCCGGGGGAGAGAGGAGAAAGUGGUUCCCCUGGACAGCCGGGUGCUGAUGGAGCAAGAGGAGACAGAGGUGUCCCGGGCGAAAGAGGACAGGAUGGACCAGUUGGGCUGAAAGGUGAUAAAGGCGACAAGGGUGAAGUGGGAGCUCGGGGACCACCUGGAACUCCAGGAAAUGUAGCAAAUGUCAUUCCUGAGCCUGGUGAACCUGGAAGACCUGGAGAGAAAGGAGAGAAAGGGGAUCAAGGGAAGCCAGGAGAGAUGGGUCAAAGAGGGUUACCUGGUGAGCAAGGCUUUAAGGGACCAGCUGGACCGAUGGGUCCAAAAGGUGACACUGGACCUACAGGAGAAACAGGACGUGUUGGAGACCCUGGUCCACCUGGCAUUGCUGGCCCUCCAGGUGCCCGUGGAUUACCAGGGAAUGUGGGCAUACCAGGGAUCAUUGGACCUCCCGGUCCAGCCGGGCAGAGAGGAGACAAGGGUGAACCAGGUAAACCAGGACAAUCAGGUCCCGCAGGCCCCCCCGGAGAGCCCGGUGUAAUUGGACCCCCCGGACCACCAGGAAAAGGGAAAGAUGGUCAAAGUGGAGAUCCAGGACCACAGGGAAUUCAAGGACCCCCAGGACUAAAGGGUCAACCGGGGACACGAGGAGAACCAGGGUUACCAGGCGACAGGGGUCAAGCAGGAGAGGGCAAAGUGGGACCAAUGGGGCCUCCGGGAAAGAAUGGCGAACCUGGACCUGCGGGCUUGAGGGGUCCACCGGGAGUUGCUGGUCCUCAGGGCCCAGCAGGACAUAAUGGUUUACCAGGAAGGCCCGGAGAGAAGGGAUCACAAGGAGAGCCUGGGAAGGCUGCAGACCUCUCCGACCUGGAUCUGAAGGAUGUUUGCUCAGACUGCCCAGCAGGUCCACCUGGACCACCCGGUCUCCCGGGAGUCCCAGGGGACAAAGGACACCAGGGACCUCCAGGGAAAAAUGGUGAAAAUGGAUACCAGGGCCCGCCGGGAGCAGCUGGACCUCAAGGACCCCCUGGAGCUGACGGUGGAAAGGGUAUUAAAGGUGAUCGAGGACCUGCUGGAAGCCCUGGAGACAAAGGAGACAAGGGUCACCCUGGACCCCCUGGCCAUCCAGGUACUCCUGGCUCGAUGGGUGCACCUGGUAACGAUGGGCAGCCUGGUUCCGUCGGCCCCCCAGGGCCCCCUGGAGAAAAGGGCAAAGAGGGUCUCAAAGGAAUCCAGGGACCACCAGGUCUUCCUGGCAUGAUCGGUCAGCCUGGAAAAAUGGGAAAAGAUGGCAGACCAGGGGAAACAGGAGAACCUGGCAAGCAAGGUGAACCUGGACAGCCAGGAAAUCCCGGGCUUAGGGGACUCCCAGGCUUUAAGGGCCACAGAGGAGAACCUGGACCGCCAGGACCUAAGGGAGAGGAUGGAAAGUCUGGAUCACCUGGGCGUGAUGGCAAACCUGGGAAGGAGGGCUCCUUGGGACCUCCAGGCCGAGAAGGGCUUAGCGGACCAAGAGGAGAGCCGGGCAAGCAAGGUGAACCGGGGCCAUCAGGAAAAGCAGGUGUCCCCGGAAGUCCGGGUCUCAGGGGGGACAAGGGAGAGGCUGGCAACCCAGGAUUACCAGGCUUUAGUGGGCCCAAAGGCCCCGCGGGUCCACCUGGUCCAGUCGGCCCAGAGGGGAAACAAGGAAUGUCUGGCAGAGCUGGUGAUCGUGGCCUGAAAGGAGAUAAGGGAGACCCAGGAAUCAAGGGAGAUAAAGGACAUUCAGGAGAUCCAGGUAUGCCUGGAAACCCAGGACCCCCAGGAAGAAAGGGCCACACGGGGAUGAUGGGCAUGUCAGGACCACCAGGAGAAAUUGGAGCUCCUGGACCACAAGGACCUUCAGGAAACCCCGGUGUCCCCGGCCAAAGGGGAGAGUCAGUAUCACUGGAGCAGAUGCGACGGCUCAUCCAGGAGGAGCUGGCAAAACAAUUAGAUGCCAAAAUGGCUUACCUCAUGGCUCAGUUGCAGCCAGCCCACGUGAAGAGUACAGCGGGCCGCCCAGGACCACCAGGCCCUCCGGGUAAGGACGGCAGUUCCGGACGACCUGGACCCCCUGGAGAGCCUGGUAUGCCUGGGCAGAAUGGAGGAGAAGGACCCAGGGGACCCAUGGGCCCUAAAGGUGAGAAAGGAGCCAGGGGAGAGAAGGGAGAAACUGGUGUUGGUGAUAGAGGAGAGCCUGGACCUGUUGGCCCAAUAGGUCCAGCUGGUCUGCCUGGUUACGGUAAAGACGGAAGCCCAGGACAAGCCGGAGCCCAGGGAGAGCCAGGAAACCCCGGUCCCCACGGUCAGCCUGGUCCUCCAGGCCCCCCUGGCCAAUGUGACCCCAGCCAGUGUGCCUACUACGCCAGCCUGGCACAGAGACCCCACACCAAAAAUGUUAAGGGGACUUAAAAAAGAAGAACAGACACAUGGAGCUUGAAGUCCAGCUGUAUUUAUGAACUUGGUCGUGUCAGUCUGAAUCAAGAACUUUUCUUUUUCAAGAUCACCUCAGUACGGAGGAGCUGAAGCAAAAUGUGCUGCCGGUCAGAUUUUUGUUUUGUUUUGUUUUCGGUAUGAAGCUUGGGUUGGAUGGGGAUUGAGCAUCGAGGGACUAUUUCAGAUUAAACACGGGGUAAAGAGGGCAGCUAAACAUUUUUUUUUUCCUCACUUGCAUGCUUCCUGGAAAAUUAUGUAGGGAGAUAAUAAGGAUGAUGCAGUUCUCUCCUUUGAAAACCCCACAUCGGGACUGAAGAUUCAGGAGUGUGAUAUUGUAUUGUUUCAUCUGAAAUUAUCUCAGAAGUUCAGUUAGGAGUUUUCUUGCAGGAACAUGUCGGCACCACAGGCUGUUCUUUUUAUCCUGCCUCACACCAUUUUGCAUCAAUAACCAUUCACAGCCCACACUGUCCUGCGUCAAUAGAUGUCAGUUACUGCUCACUACAUAGAUCUCUCGCUGGGAGAUCUUCUACCAGUCCACUGGUAAUAACUCAGCCAGGGGAAUUAUCUGUUUUAUUGUCACAGAGGCGAAAGAGGGAGGACAGUGUGAGGCACAAUCUCAAAUACCAAUAGUGAUUUUGUGUAGGCGGAGUGUUAAUGAGUUAGCGUGGAAUGUGAUGAAUGAGCACAUUUGUGCACUUCUUGCCACCAAGCUGGUAGCAUUGUUCUUAUGUAGCCUUGUUUUGGAUAGUAUUGGCCCCCCUUAAAUAUGCAGCGAUAACUGUUCAGGAUUUUUUUGGAUUUAUUCAGACGGAACAAAACAAGAUUUUAUUUUGGGAAUAAACUGGAGGCAGCAGCAAUUACUCAUAAAUUAGGGCUUUGGCAUUGUUGCUUCAAGCCUUGGGAGAGAUUUGAAGGAUUUCAUUCCAAAAUUCUGUUUUAUUUGCCUACAAAGCGCAACACAGCACCAAUGCUAUCAAUCAAUUUGUUUGAAUUUUCCUGUCGUGGACGUGCAAUUUGACAAUGAAAGGCAUUUAAAUUUGCUUGAAAUUCUGUCCAUAAUAGGAAAAAAAAAAAAACAAAACAUGACAUGUAUGCGUAAUAAUAAUGUGCCACGUAAUGAUUUGUGCCAAACUCACCCUCAGGAUGCUUAUUAGCAUAAAUAGAGAGACAGGAAGAAAUGUCACCGUUAGAUUUGUACUUUUAAGUUUAAUGAAGUGGCUCUGGUCAUUCUCGCUUUGAGGUAUGCAUAGACUUGAGCAGUAAACAGCUUUGAGGAGGUGGUAUAAUUGCUCCCUUUGUUCACCUUUCCUGAAAAGCUGCUUGUUUCACACUAUUUUCUUUAAAUGUGUCACUUCCUUUCUGUUCAGUGAGGCCCAUUAAGUGCCUAUACUGUGGCAGUCCCUGGGUCGCUCAGGCCUGCUCUGAAAAGACCUUGCCUUUCUUAUUUGUCCCCUGGAACCUAAAAUUGGAGAGUUGCUUCCUUGCAUCCUGAUGACCAGAGCAUUGUGAAAUCCACUUGAAAGAUGUUUUGCCUUACGUCCCUCAUGGACCAAUUACGCCUCUCCCUCGACCUCAGACGUGCUGGUAAUCUAGCACCUAUUAAAUAGCCUCCACAAAAGGUAUCACAUUUAUCUUCCUUUUUCCGAAACACGAAACAAUUAAUUCACACAGGUGCAAAAGGGAAAAGGGAGAGCAAUUAUCAAGAAGGGAAUCUAGAAAUCUUAUGUGAGCCUGCCAAGACAUACAUAUCAGAGGUUAUCACAAUAUGGGCCAGUCAUACUUAUCAUCUCAUAGCUCAGGUUACCAAAUGGAACGUCCUUUAUGAAGAAUGUUAAGUUGUGCCUCGGACACAGCUUAGUUUUGAAGACGUUAGUAAAGAAGACUGAACAUUUUAGAUAAAUAUUUGAGGACUGCUCUGGAGGCAGGAGUAAUUUAAUUUGUCGAGGUAAGACAAUAUUUGAAAGAUGAAUUAGCACAUUCUUCACCUUACAAAUGCAAAGUUUAAUUUAUAAAAAGUUAAUUGCACCCUUGAUUGUUUUUUUGGUACACUCAGGUUUUUUCUUCUACAGCCUCACUUGGUCUGUUGUGACCAGUAGCUUAUGGUAGCUUAUGUUGGCUAUUCUUAAUGUUCAAAAAGUUAGCUAGCUUGUUGUAGCCUAUACACCAAAGUUUGGUCUCAAAAUAAAGAACAUUUACACCAAAACGCCUUAUUUUCAUGAAUUCAUGGCCUUGGCUUAAAGGUAGAAAUACAACAGGAUGGAGCAACUACCUUGCUUAACUAGCUAAACGUGGCUAGUUUAAAAAUAGCUCACCAGCUACACUAACUAUCUGCUCUUCAAUGGACUUUACAUUAGCAACAAAACAGUAGAAGCCUCAGUAAUUAAAUGUAUUUUGCCUUCAGAGCAGAUCUGCUUCAAGAAAUGUUUAUAUCAUUAAAAAUAGACUGUCAGUUUUUAAAGAGAAAACAGCACAUUACAAAUAAAUAGUUGAAUAAAAUGUAUCCUUGCUAAAUUUGGUACACUCAGGGGUUUUGUCGCUACAGCCUAACCUGGUCUUGUGGGACCAUUAGCUUAUUGUGGCUUAUGUUAGCUGUGAGGUUGAAUUACCAUUUACCAUGUUUUGGUUCACAUUCUUCCAGACAUGGAGAAUGGCUUCUGUUAAUCAAACGCUACAUGGGCUUUUUUUAAGCUCGAUAACUGGGUGCUAUUUUUUCAAAAAAGGUCAGCUAACAGGCGACAUAAACCAAACAAAGUAUGGUCUCAAAAAUAUAAAACCUUUAAUGAAAGAGGCUGAUUUUUUCAUUUAUGUUUGGCCAUUACGUGAGGUUAGAAAAUACAUAUCUAUCCAUGACUUGCUGGUUUGAAAUUAGCCAGCCAGUUAACUUGCUAGCCUGAUAAUUAGCUAGCCUGCUAACUUUUAUUGGCACAAAACUGUAAAUAUCACAACACCUCUGAGUGAGAUUUUUUAUUUUGUUUGCCUUCAGAGCAGGCCUGCUUUGAGAAAUGUUAAUAUCUCUAAAACACGAUGUUCAGAGAAGAGUUUUGUCCUAUUUGUGCGAUUAUUUACCCGCUCUGUUAAUACUGUCAUACCAUUUAAUGUAUCUUGCUAUUAGCUGCUUCUUUGUCAGUGAUGAACCGUAUCAGUAUUGCCCUUCCAUGGUUUUGUAAAUGCUUGUUGCAGUUACCGUUAGACUAGGUGUUACAGGGUGGGAUGGUGAGUAGGUGCAUACAGCUUAAAAUGUUAUAAUAGAUGUGCAGUAAGCAGCAAAU